ACCCGCUGCCACCAUUUCAGCCUGCACCGCAACACAAGCAGGCCGAUUUGAGGCGCGGUCAUGUAGUGUGGGAGUGGGUUGAGAGGGGCCAGGAGUGGGGGAAGGAAGGCGGGGGCAACUUCCUUAUCCGUUGCCGCCUAUGCCAGAAGGUUUUCAGGGGAUCCAUGUCUCGUCGAGUUGAGCAUUUCACAAAGCAGAAGACGUACUGCCCACGCCGGACCGGAGAGAUUUUGUACAAGUUGCAAAGGGUGGGGGUAGUCCUUAGAGAUGCCCUCUCGCAGCGCCUGGCUUCGGAGUAUGCGGAGAGGGUGGAGGGUGAUGUGGUUGCGGACGACUUUCGUCAUCACAUGGAGGCGGAGGGGGAUGGAGAGGCAGACCAAACACCGCUCAGGACACCCUCGCGUGCUGGAGGGGUGGAUGGUGGUGAUGCAGCAGGGGAGUCCGGACCCAUCCUCAUCCGAAUGAUCGACAUGUCUCAUCGCGACAAGACCGGCAUCAGCUUAGCGGAGAUCUGGGAGGACGUUAUACGACAUGACAUUGGCAUCAAGAAUGUCAAUGCGAUUUGCACUGACAACGCCGAGGUCAUGAAAACCGCAGCACACACGUUGCAGACACACCCAGAUCCUGCUAUGUGUGUCAUUCCCUGGAUCCCGUGUGCAGCACAUUGCCUGAGUUUGCUGCUGAGGGAUAUUGCCGCACAGCCUUUUGCGCGACAGACGAUGAGAGACGCGCAAAAGAUUGUGAAGUUUAUUUGCAACAAACAAAAAACACUUGCACUUCACAAGAUAAUGAAGAAGGCGCUGGUGCUCAGGCGACCAACGAAGACGCGUUUUGGUACAACGUACCUGAUGCUGGAGAGGCUGUACGACCAGAGGGAGGUCUUGGACACGUUAGUGUCGUCGGAGAGGUGGGCUAGGGUGCGAUGGGCCGAGGAUGCUCGAGAGUGGAUGCCUCAUGUCCGCAGGCUUUGCAGGGAUGACGGGUUUUGGAGUGGCAUGAAGAGGGUCAUGGACGUCAUGGGUUCCGUUUACGGGGACGCGGUGAUGGACAUCGUGAGGGAUAGGUGCGCGAUGAUGCGACAGCCUGCUCAUGCAGCUGCUUACCUACUGGUUCCACGACGGCGCGAUAUUUCAUUGCUUGAGGACCGCAGCAGGCGUGUUGUGCAGUCUGCGCUUGAGCACUUCGCUCGCGUUGUCGGAGGGUGGGACAACGAUGCCAUGCUUAGUCUGUGGGAGGCCCUGUGGACUUUCCACAAUGACGACCCGCGAUAUUGGUCAGAGGAUGGUCAACACUGGUGGGACUCGUUCGCUACCACCGACGCGAACAAGAUGCAUCCGUCGACGUGGUGGAGGCUUCACGGUGGUCAGCAGCCCGUUUUGCAGGGCAUUGCGCGGGCUGUGAUGGGCAUGUGGUCCACCGCCAGUCCUUGUGAGAGGAACUGGGCCACGCACGACUUCAUUCACACGAAAUUGAGAAACCCCUUGACGGCACGUAGCGUUGAGAAGCUAGUGUUUAUCCAUUGGAACUUGCAGCUCCUCAGUACGAGCAAGCGGUCGCAGAGCAGGUACGUGGACAUUUGGGCGGACCAGGUUGAGGAUGAGGAGGUCGCUUUGGACGUGGAUGACGUCAUCCCUGCAGAUGUGGCGGAGGAGGAGUACGAGGCGAUUGAGAGGAGCAACAGGAGGAAGGAGGGUCGCAAUCGAGCUGGGAAGGGCAAUGCACCACCAGUAGACUCGGAGAACGAGGAGGAGGACAUUUUUGAUGACCUCGUGUGGAUGCACCAGGGGAUUAGGAAGGACGCAGAGGCACAGAGGGGUGCUGGGAUGACUCUUCCAGAGGACCAGCACGAAUUGCUGGACGAGUGGGGUGGACAGGAUCCGCACGACGACUUCGACGCAUACAUUGGUGGGACCAUGCAGACUGUGGUGUCCAUGCGCAAGAGGGUUGGCGGUGAGGUUGAUAUGGAGGAGUUGCUGGCCCAUGAUAUGCAGGCAGAGGAGGACAUGGCAAUGCAGGAUCCGCCACGGAAGGAGGAGGUUUCAGUUUCGAUGAGUCUCACAGCAGCAAGUGCUAGUACGGCGGAGCGGACGGUGCACAGUACAGCAGACGACAGAUCGGAGUGCAGGGUGCAGCCAAGGGUUGAGCAAAAAGCGGAGCAAAGGGUGGAGCGGAGGGUUGAUGAGAGGGUGGAGCAGCGGGUGGAUCAGAGGAUGAGGGACGUGGUAGAGGUUACAGUUGACGUGACCUUGGAUCAGGCCGGGGUUGGAAGGAUGGAGGAGAGUACUCGUGGGCGGCCGGGUGAUUGCCACUCUUGCGAGAGCGUCAUCCGCGAUGUUGUGACAUGCGGGCGUACAGAGCAGAGGUUGCACACGGACGGUGCUGCUAGAGAUCGACCUGGUUUGGAUAGGAUUCGUGGAGACGGAGGCGACAGGGCACAACUUGCUGAUACGGGCAUUCCGCCAUUGCCUCCACGAGACACGUCUCCGUCUUCACAUGAUGUUCUCACACGACGCACUUUCUACGGGAUCCCGCCACUACCAUUGCGGACAACACCGCCACCAUCGACAGCGACGACGCCAGAGAUUCACUCGAGGAGGUCUACGACACCCCGCUUGGGUGCAAAGGACACCAGUCAAGGAGGUGCAGUGGAUGGGACCGCAGCAGGGGGUUCACCCGCAGUGGGUGUACGUACGAGGGCGCAUUCGUUGGGUUCAGGUGGGAGAGAGACUCGUGUCCUUGACGAUGAUCCAGAGAGUGGUGACGAUUCUUCCGGUAGUGAUUACGCAAGAGAGAGGCGUAGUGAGACGAGGGGGGAUGAUUCUGAGGAUUGUAGCGGAGGGGAGGAGGAGUAGAGAGAUGUUCCGACGUCUGACACAGUCACAGUCUUGGCGACCAUGUACAUCCUGUCGUUUUUGCAGUGCCACGCCCAGAGC